AUGCGAACCCGAGCUGUGCCGCCUGCCCCAGCCAUCACCCUUCAGUCUCCGAGGACUUGGCGAUCUGUGCCAACGCCCCUGUGUAGCGCUUCAAGGACUUGGCUGCCCCCGGUCUGCGCCGCUGUUUGUGCUUCCGGUGCUUCACAGUGGCGAGGUGUGCAGCACGCAGCAUGGUCGCAGAGGCGUGGUGCCGGGAUUCCGUUCUUCAGACGCUCGCCCUCUGAGGGUCGCGUGGAACCCUCCAAGGAGGCACACUGGGAGCUCUCAGUCCGACUUGAUGCGCUGAGACUAAUGCAGGAGAUGCGCCUCCCGAAGUUGCAGCCAAGCUCCUUCGUGCAAGGCCUCACCAAUGCGGCCGCCGGCUGUGCCGAGUUUCAGACGGAGGACAUGGAGGGGCACUGUGCUCCGGAACAGCUGGAGUUUCUUCGCAGCUUCGUGGCCCACCGCUUUGGCAGCCCGCAGUAUGCGGGCGGCCUGAAGAUUUGCCAAAUAGGCUUCAACGCCGGUCACAGCGCUGCGGCGCUGCUGGACCAGGCACCUGAAGGCAGCGUGCUGCUGUCUCUGGACUUGUGCCGUCACGCGUACACGCGUCCGCUGGAGAAGUUCGUGGCAAAGACUGCGCAGGAGCGCGGACAGACGCACAUCCUCCUCGAGGGGGACUCGGCAGAGAUGCUUCCGAGGUUUCGCCACAUUGAGUUCGACUUGAUGUUCAUAGAUGGGAACCAUGCGUACGAGGCGGUAAAGUUGGACAUGCUCCUUUGCCUGCAGAUGGCCCUGCCGGACAGGGCUUUUGGGCUGAGGGGACAGGGGCCGCAGCUGCGUCCUGGAACACAUUAG